AUGGCGCAAAGCCAUUCGAACGCCGUCACGCUGUUAUCGGCGAUAGUACUUUAUCUAUGCUUACCCGCGGUCCUAGGUACACCGUUUAUCGUUACCGCCAGACGAGAAGAUGAAUUCCACGACAAGCAACAAGUCACGCUACAAAAUGUUGAUUAUCAUGGUAGCACCGGAAAACAUACUUAUCAUGGCGAUCCAUUGAAGGAUUUUAUUUCGGAUGUUGUGCAUGAUUCUGGGUCGAUGUUCAACGGCAAUGAUAACAACGAGAAGCAUGGCGAUAAGAUUGAUGGUGGAAGAACAGUGGUACCUGUGACACCGCCAUCGUCGUUAAGAUAUGCGGUGGAUGGGUUGGAUAAUAUUACCAUCGGAAUGAACCGGAUCGCCGACCUUCCAAGUAUUGAUAAGGAUGUUGAAUCGACUCUUCGUCGUCCUUCCUGGUUUGAUUCCGUUCUCAUGGCGCGUCGAUUGCUAGCCAAAUCGUCCGUUGGAAUUGCAUCUACGGUGUAUCAACAUUCCGAUUCAUCGUCUGCACCAAUUGCCUAUCAUCAUGCACCCCAACCAGCUGGCCUGCAAGGCGUGUCGAUCAGUUUACCGGAGUACAUAGCAGACUGCUCCGAAGUCGACGGCAACAACGGCAACCCAAUCCUCCUCGGAUUAUACGUCUCAACAACAUUCCAAAACAUCGCCAAGGGCUCAAAUAUCAGUCUCUCAAUUGAUUGGUGGAGUCAUGUCAAGGACACAGAUCCAGUUUACCCCGGAUUCCCAUUGAGUGAAGCUGGUCUACCACGAAUUUCAAUGCUUGGCUACGUCGAACGACUCGACUUGUCUUCUGCUACAUCGUCAGCGACAAAGGAAGGGCUGGAAGAAUGCUUCUUCGCGACUCAUCCAGAUGCCAAAGUGUGGGCUCCCAGAAAUCCGGAUAGUCCCCAUUCGGGGUUUUGGGCGCGCAUGGUUGUGACGCAGGUUUAUUGGGUAGGCGGAUUUGGUGAUUUGCAGCAGAUUGGGUGGGUGAAUGUGACUGAUUGGAAGGGAGUUGGGAGAUAUGAGAGUGAUGAGAGUAUUGGGGAUGGGAGUGGGAGGGGUUGGGAGGAUGUUAGAUUACCUGGCGAAUAA